AUGUCCGAUCCUUUGCCGGCAUUUGAAACCCUAAAACCCAUAAACAGUGAUGAAGAGAUGUUAUUACUCGUUAUGAAACAAAGUCCGCAACGUGAUGAAAUAGAACAAACGGAACGUGUACCAUGUGCCCGAACUAAUGCUAUGGAUAAUUUACAUGAUGUCACCUUCUUCCCCUUCGAAGCUCCCGAAGAUGCUCUACGUGGCUUGCUGACCCGAUGGAAUCUUCUGCAUUUGUUUGACAACCUAAAAAAUGAAAAUAUGACUGUCGAUGUUUUGAAAAUUCUGAACACCGAAGAACUUAAAGAGCUCACCCAAUCCUGGAAAAUGGGUGAUCGAGUGCUGUUCAAUUAUCAUUUUGAAAAAUGGCGGGAAGAAAUCAAUCUACCCAUUAACGUGCGUAAAACCACCAACAGUCCUCUUCCAGAACAACUAACAAGUUCCAUGAUCAGUCAUGAAAAUCCCGAUUUUCUAACAAUUCACAUGCCUUCGUCGUUAAAUAAUUUAACACCCCACUCGACGGGAUCUGCAUCGCCCAGUAAUCGCUCGCUGCACUCAGUGGAUAUAUCCCCAGAGCUAAUGGAUAAACAGAAAAUCACUGUGGCGGAAAUACUCUCCAGUCAUCGUAAUGGUCAUCGCAUUAUGGAGGCCUAUAAGAAAAAUAAGCGACUGAAUGAGGAACAGCGUAAUUUGAUUAUCACCAUGAUUGGCAGCUAUUUCGACCAGCGUAGCUAUCACAUGUCCCUGCAGACCAGUUAUCGUCUGGAAAAAGAAAUCUUGGCAAUGUUUCCCACGGAGAAGGUGGAAUUUUAUCGCACCGAAAGGAGAGGUAGAAUAUAUACGAAAUAUCAAAAUAUAAAGAAAUCAACGCGAGUGUUUUCGGAUGAUGAGAGUGGAGAGGGUGGUGGUUUGGGUCCAAAAUCCCCAAAAAUCCAAAAAGUUGGUAAGUAA